AUGCGGUAUUGCGCCCACGGUCACCAAGUUGCAGGUUUCAUCCAAUUUGACCUUGGCGAAGAAGCAGAGGCUGGUAUGAUGGGAACAGUCUCCAAAAAGCAAAAGGUGAUCAAGGAAAAGGAAAUACGACAGCUCAAAGGCACAGCUGGGAAACUGCUGUACCUCGAAGCUCUCCAACUGCUGCUGCGCAAGCAAAUCGAAUGGCUUGUGAAGGAAAGGGGAUAUAGGGAAGAGCUGGAGACCGUCGUCCGAGAUUUGUGGGAUUUGCGUAUCCGUGGCGCGACAGCGCUGGGACAAGGGCCUGAAUCAGGCGUGUCGGCUUCUGAAGACGCCCCGGAACUCUACAAUUCUCAGCCGGAGGUUGUCGAGCCCACGCGCCUGUGGACUUUGCCAUCAAAAGGUCAAGACUGGAGCGCCGACCGCGGGCUUAGCUGGCCGCUACCAAACAUGGGUGACACGCUGGCGUUGUGCUACCUGGGCUGCUAUCUACUGAUGAUACCAACACGCUUGGGCGAGAUAAUCAAGUGGGCAAAUUCUUUCCAGCUCCCGUACCGGAACGCUUUUCAGCAAUUGCCCACUGAGAUGCAGGAGCGCAUGCCGUCUACCUAUAUCAAACUUUUGAAGGCGCCAAUACGAUCGCCGAUAGAAGGUGUCAGGGCAUACUCGGCUGUCAUGGAUUUGGCCUGUUCCUAUCAUUUCAACUACAGCAUGAUAUUCCCCGAUCUAAAUUAUAUGCCGCUGUUGGUACAAUAUACCAAGCUGCUGGCACUGCCAGUGGAAUCCAUGGUUACUGUCCGAAGGAUCUGCGAUAUCCUUGGCUACCGAUUCCAUUUACCAGUACAAAGUACUCGGGUUUAUCCUCUUCAAAUUCCAGAGAUUCGACUCGUCGCCCUGCUCAUUGUUGCCACAAAACUGUGUUUUCCAUUCACUGGCGGAAGCCCACUUACACAAUCGGAUCAGGGCCUGACUCUACCAUCAUUUGACUGGCGCAGCUGGCAAUCUGCCAAAAGCGAGCCGAGUCAAGACAUGUCUCGAACAUUUGAUGAUGUAACACCCAGUGACGUUGCUGGAAUGGCAGACGACGACCUCGAUGCUUACUUUCGUCACAUUACAAGUUUUCUGGAAAAGAAGAAUGCAAACCAAGUCACGGAAUUCUUUCCUUCAGAGCCGAAAGUCGUGAAAGAUCCUAUGCAUGAGGAACCAACACCAGGAGAAAUAGAUGAGAUGGCACGCACAGUGCUCCAAAACGCUAUGGGAAUGCCCAGCACAGAGGUGCCAGGUAAUUUCACCUACGAAGCAUAUCGAAAGGUCGAGGAUCUCCCGCCCGCAGCCAAAUCUUUCUACAACGCUUUAAGCUCCGUGGCUGAAAUCCCGCUCGAGACUACGGCGCGGGCAGUGUACAUGCUUGAGCAGGCGAUUGGUUUCCCAAGUCCUCUGCCUGUGCGCCCCACCAAAUACACGCGCAGUUCUGAGCCUCCGAAACUUCAAACAUCGUCAGAGUCACAGAAAUCCGUCAAGAUGCAGAUUUUCGUGAAGACCCUGACGGGCAAGACUAUCACCCUCGAGGUUGAGUCCUCGGACACGAUCGACAAUGUCAAGUCCAAGAUCCAGGACAAGGAGGGCAUCCCGCCUGACCAGCAGCGCCUGAUCUUUGCUGGCAAGCAGCUCGAGGAUGGCCGCACCCUUUCCGACUACAACAUCCAGAAGGAGUCUACCCUCCACCUGGUCCUCCGCCUUCGUGGUGGUAUCAUUGAGCCCUCCCUGAAGGCUCUCGCUUCCAAGUUCAACUGCGAGAAGAUGAUCUGCCGCAAGUGCUAUGCUCGCCUCCCUCCCCGUGCUACCAACUGCCGCAAGCGCAAGUGCGGCCACACCAACCAGCUCCGCCCCAAGAAGAAGCUCAAAUAG